AUGGGUCUCUCUCAGAGCAAAGCGGUUAUUGACAAGGUAAUUGUGGCUUCGACUAGAGCAAGUUAUGAGGGACGACAGGACAUCCAAGAGAUCCUCUCUGACAAUGAAUUCGUAGACAACCUCCAUGGACUUUGGCAGCAAGUACCGUACCCAUUCCAAAAUCGAAUCGCUCCUGUUCGGCAAAGCAAAGUCACAUGCCCUUCCCGUUUUAUCAAUCACAAAAAGAAUUCAGCAACUUCUAUGCUUGCUGCUUACAGGCGCAAGGGCUACCUAGCAAGCUACAAGGCGGUAACUCGUUACCGGAAGCAACGUCCAGAGAAUCCUACAGUUGCAGCAUAUAAAGUAAAGAAGCACUUAGCCUUUCACCAAACCGGAGGCCACCAUCAGAAAAAAAAGCACGCCAAAUUUCGCAAUCGGAUCAAAAGCUCUCACACUACAAGAAACAGCCAGAAACAACGACCAGCAGAUGUCACGUCCGACAAUUUGCAACAGCUGAUAGAUGACGUUAGGCAAUGGAGAUCUAAUAUUCCGGGUUUCUUUCAUGAAGAGGGAACAACUGAGCUUAGCUUCCACAAUCCACUUGCGGGAACAUAUAAACUCUUAAAACAGCUGGAGCAACGAAACGUGAGGGAUGAAAUGCGCAUACGACUCCUGAAGGUGAUGUUUCACCGACUGUUGGAAAAAGUUUGCAAUCAGUACGCUCGUUCAAAGGAUAUCAAGAGAGUUAUAAGAGUAAUUGCAAUAUCUGGCCUGGUCGAUGAUAACUCUGAACAGAUUGAGGAUUGUAUUAAAAGCUGGGGCAAAUCUGGACGAAGACUCGAUUGUUUGUGCAAAGACCUUAGUGACGGUGAUACUAGGAAUGAGCGUCAUUUGGGCAAAUUGUUUCUCUUACCGAAAAAUAUCACUAGCAACUACCUUGAGAAACUCGGAUACAAGAGCCGGAAUCGGCUCCAGGCGAUUGAACGAUUGAAAAAUAGCGGCAUACGUACAGACAAGCUAUACGAAGAUAUUGAUGAAUUUGCAGGUUGUGUCUUCUUGUAUUUAUGGAAAAGAGUUGAAGAGGCAAUCACACAGGAAAGUCUUCCAGUUGGGCAACAGCUACAAGGCAAUUCAACCGGAUUCGAGCGAGCCAGCUGCCAAACCGUCAGCAGCGAUGAAGUCGCAACAGAGUUGGCCACUCAAUCAUCCGUGCAGAGAACUUCCCAAUCCGAUAUUGGUUUGCACGAUGCAGUGGGGACUCCAUUUCAAACCCAACCUGCACUGAGUUCCCACAGUCCAGCCAACCAGAGUGCUGCAGUUGACCUUAGUAAUCUUGUCCAACCUCUGACAUCUGAUAUGGAGCCACACCUCAGUGCGGUCAUGCCGGGCCAGAGGGAAGCUGAUAUAUGGCCUCUCAUGCAGCGUAUAUCUAUACCUGCAUCUACAGUUGUCCAAUAUGGCAGUGGGUCCGCGGGCAUGCAACCUACAAGUAACCACCAAUUUCCAACGAAUAACUGUCCUUCAUUUCCGCAGCCUUAUAUCGAACCUCUUGGGACUGAUAUGGAGCCACACCUCAGUGGGGUCAUGCCGAACCAGAUGGAAGCUGAUAUAUGGCCUCUUAUGCAACGCAUACCUAUACCUGCGUCUUCAAACAUCGACUACUACAAUCAACCUAUGGAAACACAACCUACCAGUUCGAACCCUUAUGUCCAACCUCUAGGAGCUCAUACGGAGCAACACCUCGAUGGAGCCAUGCCGGACCAGAUGCAAGUUGAUAUAUGGCCUUUUAUGCAACGUAUACAUACAUGUACAACUGCAGAAGUUGGAGAGGGAAUGAUAACUACAACCCAGCAAGGUUUUAACCAAGGUUCCGUGCCACAGCAUGAAAACUCCAGCGACACAGAUACCCAACUUCGCGCGACGCAGAAUUACCCGCAUUGCAGCUUACUUAGUUCACGGGAGAGAGCCCAGUGUCUGGAUUCCAGUCAGCGGUCAGAUCCAUCAUCGAAUACUCUGGCCGCAAGUCACGUGGCGUCUGAACAGCAGUCAAGCCUAGAUGGCCAACAUUCUGGCCUACCAUACUGCGAAGUGGAUCGGUAUAUAAGUAACAACCAAUAUGGCAACUAUCAUUAUAUUCCUCCAGCGACGACAAUAGGAGCAUGA